CUUUUCUCCCCAAAAGGAGCUUUGUAUACUAAUUCAACGCACCACCUUUGACAGCUUAUACCAGCCACCCAAAAAGCAUGUGGGGCCCACCAGAAGGCCUUGUUUUCAAAGUAGCCGUUGUCCCACCCCCGUUUAAAAAAUAAAAGGGACCCUUCAAGCAAGAAACAUGUGAUGAGCCUAUUUGAUGAAUGCAAUCCUUCCCACUUCUCUCCAACGGCCUUCUUUCUCUUCUUCUUCCUUCUCUCUUUCAUUCAUAAUACAAAACCCACACUCUCUUGCAACAGUCCACAUGAGAAAUCCCUGCUUUCCAUCAUUCUCGAAAGGCCCACCUCCUAAAAUGGUCCACUCCAUCCAAUCCAAUCGCCUAGAUUCCACACUAUCUACCCCAUUGCUCCCAAAAUCCACGGCCACCAGCGACUCCGAUGGCGGCCCCACAUCGCCGCUCCAAUUCUCCAAUUACCACAUCCCAGACAUACCUGUAAAUGGGUCCUGCCGAUCGCUGGCCGUCCUUUCCGGGCAUGUCGGAUCGGUCUCUUGCUUGGCUCUGUGUGGCGAGUUCGUCCUAAGCGCGUCGCAAGGUAAGGACAUCAUAGUCUGGCAGCAGCCGGACCUAAGACGGUUUGCGAAAUUCGGUCAGGGAGACGGCGUGGUGAAGGCCCUUGUGACCGUUGGUAACAGAGUCUUCACAGCCCACCAAGACAGCCGAAUCAGAGUCUGGAAAGUAUCGAGGAGCUCGGAGAACAUCUUCAAGCUAGUAGCUACAUUGCCAACAGCAAAGGACUACUUGGGUAAGUUCAUGAAACAGAGUAAUUACGUUCAGACGCGACGGAACCAUAGGCGGCUGUGGAUCGAACACGCUGACAGCAUUUCAUGCCUGGCAAUCUGCAAUGGCAUGAUCUAUUCAGGAUCAUGGGACAAGACAUUGAAGGUGUGGAGAAUUUCUGAUCUCAAGUGCUUGGAAUCGAUAAAGGCCCACGACGAUGCAAUUAACGGAUUGGUCGCCGACAAUGAAGUAGUCUACUCUGCGUCGGCAGACGGGAAGAUCAAGGUGUGGGGCCAGGGAAAGAGCCUGCAUUGCUUGAAGGGGGUGAUGGUGGGCCACAAGGAUGUUUCACUGAAUUCAGUGAAUGUUUGUGAUGAUGGGAUGUUGGUUUAUGGAGGUGGGUCAGAUGGGUAUGUUUUGGGGUGGAAAAGGGAUGAUGGGGGUCUUGAAAAUUGGACGUUGGUGUGUGAGAUGAAGACCCAUCGAAUGGCUGUGCUUUGUUUGUGCCUCAUGGGGGAGUUUGUGUGUAGUGGAUCAGCUGAUAAGAGCAUUGGAAUAUGGAAGAGAGAAGCUGGUGGUGGGCUUUGUAGUGUUAGAGUUAUAAAGGGACAUGAAGGGCCAGUGAAGUGCUUGCAAGCUUCAUGUUAUAAUGUUGGAGGUGGGUACUUGCUCUAUAGUGGGGGACUUGAUAGGAGCUUGAGGGUUUGGUGGGUCCCAAAGGCGGGCCAUGAUGAGAAAGAAGGGAGCACCCAAGUGAUUGGUAUAGAUAAAAACAAGUGCAUUAUGUUGUGUUAGUGAUUUUUGAAAUGAUCAUGUAUCAUGGCCUUGAUAGGAGCCUGAGGUUUUGAUAGGUCUCUAAGGUGGGCUAUGAUGAGAAAGAGGGGAGCACUUAAGUGCAUGGUAUACAGAAAAUCAAGUGCAUUAUAUUGUGUUAGAGUUGGGUUUUUUUUUUUUUUUGGAAUUAUGUAUCGUCUGAGUAAAGAGUGGAUUUUUUGAGAGAUUUUUUAGUGUUUGGGUGUAGGUAUAUAGGGAAGAACAUGUGUGAUAACAAAUCUUAUAAUAAAGGGUGGGAAGGGAUUCAAUUCAAUUUAGUUAAAGUGAUACAGAUUUUUGUGUAAUUGUUGUUCAAAUAUGUUGUGAUUUUGUAAGUUUGGAGAUCGAUCACAUUCAGUUUCUUGUCUC